AUGCCCUGCCCUCGGCCACCCUGGCUCCGCCGCCCGCGGGCCCCCCGGGGCUCGGGCCCCAGCACCCCGGGCUCCGCGUGCACCCCGCACUCCCCCGAUAGGGGAGAGGACGAGGAAGAGGGCGGCGAAGAGGAGGCCGACGGCAGCCCGGCCCCCAUGCUGGCCCCCGCCUCUCCGGUGGAGUGCCUCAUUUGCGUGUCGCCUUUCGACGGCGUGUUCAAGCUGCCCAAGAGCCUGGACUGCGGCCACGUCUUCUGCCUCGAGUGCCUGGCCCGCCUGUCUCUGGCCACGGCGGGCGGCGGCGCGGCGGUGGCCUGCCCGGUGUGCCGCGCACCCACGCGUUUGCGCCUCGGCCGCCCGCUGUCGCGCCGCCUGUCGCUGGCGCGCUCGGCCUGGCUCUUCCACGCGGCCGUCGUCCUGGCCGUGCUUGUGGCCGCGGGGCUCGUGGUCUCGGGCGUCUACAUCUUCUUCCUCAUCCCGCGCGCCACCACCGCCCACCCUGCGCGGCCCCAGCUCGUGGCCCUUGCCCCGGCUCCCGGCCUCUCCUGGUUCCCGCCUCGGCCCACCGCCCCAGCGCUCCGGACCCCCGGCAGGACGCCGCGCCCCGCGAGCCCCGACCCGGACUGGAGCCCCAGCCCGGACUCGGGUCCCGACCCGGACGCCAUCCCACCCGGGGCUUUGGAGCCCGAGGGGCUCCCGAAGGACACAGAGACAUCUGUUGGGCCCUCGGAGCGCGCGGGGGGCGGGGCGGACGCUGGCCCUGACCGGACCCCGCAGGCACGGGGCGCGGGGGCCCGGGGGUCGUCCUGA